UGCACGUACAGCAUUAAAAUUCAUUGUUAUUCCUUCACGCUAGAUAACCUCUCAAUGUGUUACUGACAUUUACAGUUCCUUUUAUUCAAAUCACUGUUUGGGUGGAGGCCUUCUGAGUUGAUGGGAUUCAGCGUGGAAGGACGAUUGAACUUAGCGUGUGCGUAUCAAAUCUAGAAUAUUCUACUGUUGUGCUUCGAUGAAAAGGGACCGCGGGACUAUUAUUUUGUGAUCGAGGGCUUACUGGGUUGUCUGCGGAUCCCAUUAUCAGCUGGGGAAUGCAUUUCCAUUAGAAGGUGCGAUGAAGCUGCGACAUCGCGUCUAUGAUCAGCCAUGGGAAAAGUGAAGUUGUUGGUGAACACAAAGUUGCUCUUCUGGUGUACAAUCUGCUCAGCAUUUUCUUUUAAGACAGAAGCAAAUAUUGCAGUGCUGAGUCACCAGCCACGAUAUCAAAACCUACAUUCCCAGAUGGCUCUGGCAGAACUUCCUGCAUCUGGCAAAUCCAAGCUCCGGAGAACUUCCGACUGGCAAUCACGAUUGAAGCCCUGAAUCUGAACGGUGCUGACGAUUAUUUGGCCAUUCGUGAUGGUGCGAGUAGAUUCAGCCCUCUUAUUGGCAAAUAUGGACCAUGUGCAAAAGGCUCUCUUACGCUUGUGUCCAGUGGGAGAUCAGCUUUUCUUCAAUUAGAGUCAGCUGUGUACAAGAACACCGACGAAAUAAAAAUCUCAUACAGUCCAACUGAUCCUGACGACGUCAACUGCGAAAAUGGUAAAGAUCCACCAGACAUAUGUGGCAUAAACACUGAGCUAAGAGGGCUCUCGGGUUUUAUAACGAGUCCUAACUUUCCCAGCAAUUAUGACGCUAAUGAAGUAUGCUUAUGGACAAUUGUUGCUCCUCCUGGGUACCGAGUGCAGUUUUCUAUUCAUUUUCUUGGCAUUGAAGAUCACCGAUAUUCUCGCCCAGGAAGUUGUGGCGAUGACAGCAUUUCUGUCAGCGAGUAUCGUGGGAACUCCACCAAAGACAUCAGCACAUUCUGUGGCUGUAAGAGCUUAUUUUCAUUUGUUUCCCAAGAGGAGAAAAUGUUUUUGACAUUCAGGAGUUAUAAGAGGAACAACUGGCCGGGUUUUUAUGCCAGCUACAAAGCUUUAGCUCCUGAUGACUGUCCUCCAGGUGAACUGGAAUGCCCCCGAAAGGACGUUGAGCAGAUUGCUUUCAAUGCUCAAGGUCAGGUGUGCACAAUAACACCAAAAAACAAGAGCUCUCAAGUGGAUGUAAAAAGGCCAUCAUCAGCCAUAACGAGAUCUUCAUCAAGGUCAUCUGGGCUACCUUCAUCCAGAGCAACCUCGAAAUAUAGAACUUCUUCCAAAAAAACACAGGAGAAUAUCUACUCGUCCCCUCUUUCGCCCAGCUUUACUUUAUCGACAAGUCAGCCGACUGUGCAUAUACUGGUAACAUCCCCCUUUUUGCUGAGAUCAAUGAAAAGCGAACACAUCACCAUUUCUGACAGCCUUUCAAGUUACUCGAUGCAUACUUCCAUUCAAGCUGCCGUGUCUCCCAAUAGGUCAGAAACCGCGUUUGGAAAGACAGUUGAUGGUGAUGAUAUACGUCCCAUUGGCCAAUUAAAAAAUUCAAGGCAUCUUUCGUUGUCUGUCAGUGACGUUGAGACAAGUCCUUUUAUAACGUCAUCCCGUGGAACAGAGGUUGUUGCAUCGUCAGGCUUAUAUCAGAGCAAAUCUAAAACGCGUGAGACCCAGAGUGACCAUAUCACACCGAGUAAAACAAGUGACUCGGCAGCAUUUCGCUCAUCAGAAACCACUCUAAAACAGCCAAGUACCCGAGACCCACCCAUUACAAUAACGGAAAACCCUUUAAGAGGCUUGGCAGUAAAAUGUUCUCAGAUCGGCAUGGAGGUGACCAUAUCAAGAAUUCUGCUACCAUAUCUUGACAUAAAUUCGGUCCAUUUAGACGAUCCCUCAUGCAAGGUAUCUUUCGUUAAUCACACACUUGCUGUGUUGAAUGCUCCGCUGGAAGAAUGUGGAACCCAGAAUAGUGAAUCAUCAGACUACAUAAUCUAUCAGAAUACUAUGACAGGAGAUGAAAAGUCUUCUAAUACAAACACUACUAUUACAAGGGAUGGAAAAGUUAAAUUUGAGUUCCAAUGUUCGUUUAGAAAGCUUCAAGUCCUGUCCAUUGUUUCAUACUCAACAAGUCGAAAGGUCAUCCACGUUAAAGAUGGUGACGGUGUUGGUAACUUCACCUUUGAAAUGAAUAUGUUUGAAGAUUCGAAGUACAACAUAGAGGUCAAGCAGUACCCCUUGGUCGUGUAUCCUGGCCAACCGAUGUACUUGCAGGUCAAUGUCCAAGCUCUUGAUCGAAACCUUUUAACUUUCUUGGAAGAAUGCUGGGUCACACCAUCGACAGAUCCUCGUGACAAAACCAGGCAUACGAUAAUCCAACACGGCUGUUCCCGUGAUUCCACAUUGCAGUACGAUUACAAAAAAUCUCCUAUGCAAAAUUUCACCUUCAAAGCAUUUCAAUUCCGCGAAGUCCCCUCUGAGAGACUUUACGUGCAUUGUCAAGUGGUGACUUGUAGAGAGUCGGACACAGGUUCGGUCUGUGAUAGAGGAUGCAUAAAGAACGGAAGACGUAGGAGAGAAAACAGAGCUUUCAUCAUGGACAAAGAGGUGUUUUUAUCAUUGGGGCCUGUUAGUCGUCAGGAACAAGACAAAGCGUCAGAGCACCACGAUCUCCUCGUUUAUGUUAAGGCCCUGGCUUGGAUUUUUGGAACUUUAGCCGUAAUUCUUGCUACUGCAAUGAUAAUUUUGAUCCUUAAAAGAAGAAAGCGUAACGAAGACAAAAACAACGCCCAGAUCCUAUUUGCUCUCAGAAAGAACGGUGCACAGGAAGGAGAGGAAAAGCGCGCACUCAGAACACCCCAACAGGAUACAGGAACUUGAAUUUGAAACUACUUAAGAUGAUUAACAAUUUUUUAUGACCAAGGUCGUAUUUAAAAGCUCAAAAUUUAGACCAGAGCCGCGGUUUUUUCCCGAAAAGGAUGAAACUGGACGUUGCAUUGUUUUGAGCUCAGAGGAUCAGAGAGACAAAGCUUUUAAAGCUUUCGUCACAUAUCGGUC